CUGCGUGAUGUGUGUAUCAUUAAUCUCCCUAAACUCAAAUUUGGCACUGUGACUCAGCGCUCACCUGUCAGACAGGAUGUUCCUGAUCAAAUGGAAAGAUUAACAAAAACAGGUUUGAAACAGUUCCUGAUCCAGUCAUGGGAAAGGAGAGAAAAACAAAGGAUGAUGUUAAAUAAAUAUUCCUCCUACUGAGUCAGAGAUGAUAAAUGUUUAGACUGAUCGCAGAACAACUAUUACUGAUCUCUCAGUGGAACCUGAUGUCCUAAAUUGCACUUAUGGUGAAAUGUUAAUCUGCAGUAAUAAAGUCGUCUUGCACACAGAGGAGCAAAAAUCUGAAGCAUUUAUUUAUCACCCAAAACCAAAUAAGCCAAACAACCAAGUCAGGACAUGAUGGGGCCAACCCUGAGGGUUAUAAGAGUAAGAGAGAGAAGAGGACCAGACAUGUUCCUGUGUGCGCACCUUCAGCCAAUCAAAAGUCAGCAGCUCAGUUCUCCUCCUCCAGAUCUAACUGUUGAAUCUCUGUCUGAAACUUCACAUUGGUUUUUCACUUGGAUUCAUCUGCAGGAAUUAAAACUACUAAUAAAGCUGCAAGUGACACUCCCAGGUACAAGACAUUUCUCUGCCUACAGACGGAAGCAGCUCAAUUGCAAAAUCACUGUUGUUCAUCACCUCAUCAUGUCGGUCCCUUGCAGAACUCAGACUGAUGCCAGGGUUGCUUUUCAAUCAUGUAAAAGUUCUGAUCCAAAAGAUCGAGUUGAGUUCUACGACAACUGGAUAGAAAACUAUGAAAAGGAUGCCACCCUGUUGAGCUACAGAUCACCACACCUGGCAGUAGACUUCCUGUCUGAAAACUUCUCUGGGAGUCCUGAAGAAGCUCGGGUUCUGGACGUCGCCUGUGGGUCCGGAUGGGUCGCUAAACUGAUGGUUAAACUGGGCUUCAGGCACUUUAUGGGAGUGGACGGCAGUAAAGGCAUGCUGGAACAAGCUGCAAAGACUGGCCUCUAUCAGGACCUCAAACUGGCCCUACUGGGACCAGAACCACUGCCUGCACCGACUGAUACGUUUGAUGUGGUGAUCGUCGCUGGUGGUAUGGGUGUUGGUUUCAUACCGGUCAGUGUUGUCAGGCAGUUCUGCGAUGCUGCCAAACCAGGAGGUUUUGUCUGCAUUUCAAAAGGUGACCACACAGCAACACCAUCAAUUGAAUUCAGGAAGGAACUGGAGAGAGAGCUGCAGCUGAUGGAGGACGAGGGACUGUGGAGUCCAGUAGGAGUCAAAGAGACGGACAAAUACAUGGAAAACCCACAUCUGGAUGCCGAGAGAGUCAAGGACCUGCAGCAGGAGGAGCGAUACAUUAGCGGGAGAGUUUAUCUCUACAAGAAAUCCAUCCAUUAAAAUCAGAAGUUAUGGCAACAUUAAACAGAAAAUAAAGGGGCAUCUUACAGCUGAGUCAAAAUAAAUGUGGGUUAUACAUAAUGCAGAGCAACCCAAUGUAAAGUAAGUCAGAAAUAAACAUUUUUCAACAGA